GUUGGCAGCCCCGUCGGCACACAAAAAAAAACAGAGUUGACGUGGCCGCGCAGUGACUACAUAAAAUAUUCGCAUAUUUCAUCACGGCAGCGAUUUAAUUAUUGCUAUUUAAAGCACAUUUGCAGACGGCAGACGUGAAAAAGUGAAACUCGAAAUCGAAAAACGGGAAUUAAUUAAAAAUCAAAAAUGAGUUUGGUUUGGACUUUGAUCGCUGGAUUCCUCUACGCGGAAAUCGCCCUGGUCCUUCUUCUGGUCCUGCCCGUGGCAAGUCCCUACAAAUGGAACCGCCUCUUCAAGUCCAAGUUCCUGUCCAUGCUGGGCCAGCAGGCGCACUUAUACUUCUUCCUGAUCAUGGGACUCCUCGUCAUCUUCCUCCUGGAGGCCAUUCGCGAGAUGAGGAAGUACUCCAACUAUGAGCAGAGCGGAGAGGUGCACCUGAACGUGGAGAUGCAGCACAGCAUGAAGCUGUUCCGCGCCCAGAGGAACUUCUACAUCUCCGGGUUCGCCAUCUUCCUGGUCCUGGUCAUCCGGCGACUGGUCUCCCUGGUUUCAGCCCAGGCCAACCUGCUCGCCCAGAGCGAGGCCUCCAUGAAGCAGGCCCAAAGUGCCACCGCGGCCGCCAGGUCGCUGAUGGAGGACAAGAAGACCGAGAAGGCCAAGGAAGCCGGCGAGGACACCACUUUGAUCGAGCUCAACAAGCUGCGCGAACGCGUCCAGGAGCUCACCGGCGAUCUGAACCGCGAGAAGAAGGACAAGGAGGCGGUCAAGUCACAGGCCGAGAGCCUCAACCGCGAGUACGACCGACUCACCGAGGAGUUCAGCAAGCUGCAGAAGAAGAUCACCAUCGGCGGAGCCGGAAACAAGGAUGAUUAAGCUCUCUGGAACCGAGUCCAACAUUUAAAUAACGAUAAGACUUAUAACGUGGCGGUGGGGCAGCGAAAGCAGGCACAUUUAAAAAGAUUAUACACGAUUUCAAAUCGAUAAAAAGCACACACAUCUUAAUGUUAAUCCUCAUACACACCUUUCUACCCAUUGAUAACGAUAGUGGGGUUUAUUGAUAAUGGCUCCCAUUUGCGUUCGUUUCGCCUGAAAUUCUUUGUAUUUAAUUCGUAUGUGUUAAGUUUUGUUUGCCACAGUAACACACCCAAAAAGCGUCGUGGCUAUUAAAAGAACAACCAUAAAGUACUCCUCCAGAUUCGAUCGA